UCGUAAUAUGAAUCUUGAGGUUAAUGGUUGGAGUUGGACCCAUGUUCCCCUUUGAACGGUGCAAUGUCCUCUCUGUUGUUCUCCCCUUCUUCUUCUUCUUCCUCCAGUUACUGCCUUCCAUUUUCUCAACCAUAUCGAAUCACUAUCCUCUUUCAUUACACCAAACGUAAACCACUUCGAACCCAUUUCGUCCUCCUUUCUCUCUCCGCCACAAAAGAUGUCUGGAGAAAGACAACGCCGCCGUUUUCGCCUUCCCAACACCGGCCUUACCGACGGAAUCCACAGUCAAACUCGUUCUUGGACCACAGCGUCGACAUGGACGAUUUAUUGUCUUCAAUUGGACAGACUACUAAUGAGCACGAACUGUUUGCGUUAAUGUCGCCUUACAAAGGUAGAAAUCUUUCGAUGCGGUUCAUGGUGACGCUACUCUCACGUGAGUCUGAUUGGCAGCGCUCGCUAGCUUUGCUUGAUUGGAUAAAUGAAGUAGCUCUUUACACUCCCUCUGUGUUUGCGUACAAUGUUGCAUUGCGUAAUGUACUACGAGCGAAGCAGUGGCAGCUUGCAUAUGGGCUGUUUGAUGAAAUGCGUCAAAGAGCUUUGUCACCUGAUAGGUAUACUUACUCCACUCUCAUUACCUAUUUUGGAAAAGAGGGGUUGUUUGAUGAUGCUUUAUCUUGGCUUCAGAAGAUGGAACAGGAUCAUGUGUCUGGUGAUCUUGUUCUGUACUGUAAUUUGAUAGAAUUGUCAAGAAAGCUGUGUGAUUAUACUAAGGCGAUUUCGAUUUUUUCUAGACUGAAAACAUCAGGGAUUACUCCUGAUCUUGUUGCUUACAAUACUAUGAUUAAUGUUUUUGGAAAAGCAAAGCUUUUUCGCGAAGCUCAAUUGUUGGUCAAAGAGAUGAGGUCAGUGGGUGUUUUGCCGGAUACAGUGAGUUACUCAACUCUCUUGACGAUGUAUGUUGAGAACCAAAAGUUUUUAGAGGCUCUAUCUGUUUUCUCUGAGAUGAAUGAGGUGAAGUGCCCUCUUGAUCUCACAACUUGUAAUAUAAUGAUUGAUGUUUAUGGACAGCUCGAUAUGGCCAAGGAAGCAGAUAGAUUGUUUUGGAGUAUGAGGAAAAUGGGAAUUGAACCAAAUGUUGUCAGCUACAAUACUCUUCUGAGGGUUUAUGGUGAAGCUGAGCUUUUCGGGGAAGCUAUACAUUUGUUUAGGUUGAUGCAAAGAAAAAAUAUUGAACAAAAUGUUGUCACUUACAACACCAUGAUUAAGAUAUAUGGAAAGACACUGGAACAUGAGAAAGCCAACAAUCUUAUUCAGGAAAUGCAGAACAUAGGAAUUGAGCCCAAUGCUAUUACCUACUCGACCAUAAUAUCUAUAUGGGCUAAAGUGGGAAAACUAGAUCGAGCUGCUAUGUUAUUCCAGAAGCUGAGGAGUUCCGGAGUUGAAAUUGAUCAAGUUCUAUACCAGACAAUGAUUGUAGCAUAUGAAAGAGCUGGUUUGGUUGCACAUGCUAAACGUUUGUUACAUGAGUUGAAGCGCCCUGACAAUAUUCCUAGAGGAACUGCAAUAACAAUUCUUGCUGGAUCUGGACGAAUAGAGGAAGCUACAUGGGUGUUCAGACAAGCUUUUGAUGCUGGAGAAUUGAAGGAUAUUGCAGUUUUUGAGUGUAUGAUAGAGUUAUAUUCCAGAAAUAGGAAGUACAUCAAUCUCAUUGAGGUAUUCGAGAAGAUGAGUGGAGCAGGAUAUUUUCCUAAUUCUAAUGUGAUUGCUCUAGUCCUUAACGCUUAUGGGAAGCUGCAGGAGUUUGAAAAGGCAGACAUGGUAUAUAAAGAGAUGCAUGAAGAGGGAUGUGUUUUCUCUGAUGAAGUUCACUUUCAAAUGCUUAGUCUUUAUGGUGCUAGAAGGAAUUACGAGAUGGUUGAGACACUCUAUAAGGUGCUAGACUCUGAUCCUAAUGUUAACAAGAAAGAGUUGCAUCUUGUUGUUGCUGCCAUUUAUGAAAAAGCAGACAGAAUGAAUGAUGCAUCUCGAAUUAUAAAUCGGAUGACUUAUAGAGGAGCUAUGUGAUCUUAACUCUUGUAUGCUUGAAAGUAAGUAAUAUUUGUUAUUUCAGCUGUACAUAUUCUAAUUUGUUAAUUUGUGCCUUAUAAUAGAUUGCGUUUGUUUAUAAUAUGAAUUGAGAAUUUAAGCUA